AUGCAGCCCCGUCUUGAACGCCUCCAGCCCAUGCUCGGCAACCCUCUCUUCGAGAGUAUCCUCUGGGGCCACGAGUAUGACCUCUCCGGGCUUAACAACGAUCUUCGCGAGAGGAUUGAAUCCGGGCAGUUCAAACGCCUUGUCUUCUACGGCAUGGGAUGCUCAUCCGUCGUCUCCGACAUCGUGAAGGGGUUCUUCCUCAACCAGAAGAUCCCUCUCCACGUCCAGGUCAUCAACGACUACGACCUGGACUGGUUUGUGGACCGAAACGUCAUGAAAGACCCCACCACGCUUGCCAUCAUCGUGUGCUACAGUGGCUGGUCCGUCGAGCCAUGCCUCUUUUUCGACACCAUGCGCGAAAUGACUGGAAACAAGAACUUGGUCGUGCUCUCGGGCGGUGGGAAGAUCGCCCAGCUAUGCGAGGAACACAAGACUUCUAUCAUUUUAUACAAGCUCCGUCAUGCCGACCGCGAGUACCCUCUUUACCACGUGCAGCAGUUCUUCUCCAUUUUCCUUGACCUCUUCUACAAGCUCAAGCUCACUCCAUCUUCGUACCACGCCGAGCUUCAGGAUUCAGUCGACUUCUUGAAAUCCGAGUUCGACGAGGCAAAACUGAAGAAGGCGCAGGCUAUUGCGGACAAGUUGAGGGGUAGUCGAAUUGCGCUGCUGAGCACUGCGGACUGGUAUGUCACGCUGCUCAAGCAGACAACCAUGUUCUUGAACGAAAUUGCCAUGGUGCCAACGCAUAGAAACCUCCUUCACGAAUUCUCGCACACAGAGGUUGCGGCGUACUCGAACCCCGCAGAAAAGCAGGCCAUAAUUGUCUUCACGGACUCAAAUGCAGAUGACUACACCAAGGGCAAAGUCAAGACGCUUGAAGGCCUGUUCGGCAGCAAGGAUGUUCCUCAGAACGCCAACAUCGAGUUCGUCAAUAUCAACCUCGACCAGGACAACUUGUUCAAGAAGUUCUUCUACGGGCACUUCUUCAUGGUUUAUGUCGCGUACUACCUGGGAAUUCACUCGGAUGUGGAGGGACGAGACUUGAUCUCCAUCGCUGCGAAGAACCCCUGGUGGAGCCAACGCAAUAUCGAGCUACAUCCCAAGUGCGUCGAUAUCCCCUCGCAGCUCUAG